AUGCUAAUUUCCUUAACUUUGAAGAACUCUGACGAAAGCGACUACAUAAUGAAGCGGAGGGAAGGCAUGUGGGGCGGCGGCGCGCAAUGCGUGCAUGCGUCGCUCCCGCGUGGUGCGCGUGCGCAGCCCGCUCCUACGCUCAGUGGCGCCAUCGCUAGCCGCCGCCCGCCCAGACCUACACCUCCCUCACCAACAGUCGUAGCACAGAUUGACUCAUCAGUAGCUUGUUUAUGGUUACUGACCCCAUUGUCCGCCGGCACUGCUGUAGUCGCUAUUAUUAUAGCAGUGACGACCAACAACUGGUUGCACACACAGGAAAAUAUGCUGAGUCCUUCUUUUAAUGGGACGGGGAAGUACGAGCUAGUCGCCAAGCACACCGUUUCAGGACUUUGGCGAAUAUGUCACACAGAGCCUGGUCGUACAGUGUAUCGAUGUCUGGAUAUACCGUAUUUUCCACUUUCGCAAUAUUCGCCUGACCUCAUCGACUCAACAAAUGCAAUACCAUAUGUGGUGACUCGAUCAGCCGCACCGCUGUUGUUAGCCGUUUUAACGCAGGCCGUCGGUGCGCUAUGUUGCGUCUUAGGACAUUGUGUUAAAGGACGUAGAAUUUGUACAUUUAUAGCUGGUGUCCUUUUUAUUAUAUCUGGUCUCAUCAUGCUGACUGGUAUCGUCAUGUACAUAUCUGUGUUCAAAUCUCAAGUGGGUCACAAACUUCGUUAUAUGACAUUUUUUGAUACGCCUCGUAUGUCAUACAGCUAUGGUUACUCAUUUGGAUUAUAUAUAAGCGGUUUCGUAGCAGCGGAACUAGCGGGUACAUCGGCUAUAUUCCUUUUUUUACAAUGGUACCAAAAAGACUGGAUUACGGAAUUGACAGAGAAAGCCAAAGCAGAUUGUCGCGCGUGGGAUCGUGAAUUUGCGUUUUCAGAUUUUAGGGAAAGAGACUCUACUCUAUUAGAAAGACGUAUGAUGAAAAGGGAUACCUAUCCUCCCUCUGGGUCAUCAGCGGCGACUCCAAGAGAACGAAGACGAUUUGUAUUUGAUGGAGACGAAAUGCCUCAUUGCUCAAUACACAAAAAUCGUAGAAUAAAUUUAAGCUCGGCGUCGCUUAAGGAUCUAUCCUCGUCAACGCUUUAUGGAUUUCCAGCGGCGCCAAGACCAACGGCAUGUGACAAUUAUUUUGAAGAAUUCAAAGAAGUUCCUCAAAGUGCGAAUACACUAAGUGGUCUUAGGAGUGCAUCUAUAUUUCAAUCUCAGGCUUCAGUAGCCAGCGGGAGAUUUUUAGAUACAUCAGCAGUCGAACCACCGCCAUCACGGGAAGAAGAAAUGGUGACAUUUGGUGCUGGUGCAAGGACGGUUAUAGAAGAUAAGCCACCACGGCAUGAUCGUGCUGUAGGCACAGAUCCCUAUAGAAGGACUACACCCGUU